CAGGGCCUAUGGACUUUUCAGACGGAAUUUUUUACCGAACUCUUCAUGGAAAAAGGGAAGGUUUUCUCUAGGCUACUGCCUGCUAUGUUUCAAUAAACAAUAUGGCGCUGCUCAGUGUGCGGAAUGUCCUUACCGGUGUCUCAAUAGUCAUAGCAGUAUUAGUCGCACAAAUUAUUGUUGUGAAGUCAUGUAGCCAUCAAACAAGAGCUGUUGUGUUUAGGGCACAAUAUAUACUGCUUAUGCAACUUGGUAUGCUCGCAUUUUCGUUUAUAUUGUGGAGAAAUUUUCGAGAUUUCCCGGUGCAUUUUUCAAAGUUUUCGUGUGAAGUCCAAAGUCAAAGCUUGACAACAAGACAGAAGCAAAGAAGCUCUGCGUCCCCUGGUGAUGAUCCCGGAGCAUCAACAGAGAGCUUGUUUUGCCGACGAAAUCUUCAUACUUCAAGUGAUGAACAUUACACCUUUUCCAGUUCCCAAAAUGGCAGUAGAUCUAAUGUUCAUAAUAUAUGGAGGCUGUCGUUAAUUUUGUAUCUAAGCUUGUGUCAUCUUAGUUAUUUUUCGAAUUUAUUUUUGAUUGACAAGAACCCUCACUGGUUUGGAAUGUUGACUUACUCAUGCUUUGGUUCCUUUAUUCAGCUCAACACAGGCCUCCUUCUCUUUAAAACAUUGUCUCUCAUAGUCAAAGUCUGGCAAAACUAUGUAUUGAAAAUUUCAUCAGGUGGUUCACAUUCUUCCCUGCUCUCAGUCUCAGUAUCGGGAAUUCAUCAGAAGAGAAUUAUUGGUCUGCUUUCACUCAUUUAUAUGAUUCUAGCAUCAACUUUGGGACUAUAUACAGCAUCUCAACCACCUGGAGUUGAAAGUGUCAAAAUUCCAGUCAAGGACCUGCCCAACAAUUUGUAUGGACUGUCUAUUGUGCAGCUCAGUGAUAUUCACCUCGGUCCAACUGUUGGGUUAUCGAAACUGCAAAUGAUUGUUGAUAUUGUGAACAAAGAGAGACCAGAUGUCAUAGUUCUCACUGGAGAUCUAGUUGAUGGUAAAGCUGAGACCCUAAGAGGUGCAACACAGCCCUUGAAAUCACUCACUUCAAAAUACGGAAAGUAUUUUGUGACAGGCAAUCAUGAGUACUACACAGGUGAUGUAGACAAUUGGUUUUCCUUGCUGCGGUCUGUGGGCUUCACCGUCCUACACAACAGUAAUGUCAGGAUCCCCGCAGAACUCAGCGAGAACGAAGAUGGCCAGAUUUGUCUGGCUGGUACAGAUGAUCUUCAGGCUGACAAGAUUCAAUAUGGCGAACACCGGUUUGAUUUGGCUCAAGCUCUCUUGUCUUGCAGCACUGCCCUCCCCGUGAUUCUUCUGGCUCAUCAGCCCAAGGCUGCGCGCCUUGCUGUGGACUCCAAGUACAGAGUUGAUGUAGUCCUCUCAGGUCAUACUCACGGGGGCCAACUAUUUCCUAUGAUGGCAGGAGCGUACUUGCUGAACCCGUUCUAUGCAGGGCUGUACUCUGUUGGGGAUAACAGACAUGUGUAUGUCUCCAGGGGUACACAGUACUGGGGCAUUCCCAUGAGGAUUGGAACCAGAAUGGAGAUCACAAAGAUAACCCUGGUCCCCACUGAUGAUUAGCUGAAUUCAUUGGCUGCUUGAGAUGUCAUAUUAUAUAUAUAUUUCAUAUCAUCUGUGUCAUGUAUCAUCAGCACGGCUCCAUAAUCACCCAAAUCAUUUUUGGGGGGUGUUUUCUGGGAAAGCUGUUAUUAGAAUAAUAAAAACAUGCUCAUGUUACAAUAUAGUA